AUGAAAUCAUGUGUAACGAAUAUUAUUCUUCCCAUUCCAACUGGAGAUCUACUUCAGUGGCUUUGCCGUCUUCAAAAUGAUAUUUCUUCUCUUUUCUUUCCGUCUCCUUUUCUUUUCACAAUUUACACAAUCGCCUACCGAAAACAAAUUCAAGAAGACGAAAUCAACGACAUUAACGAAAGACCUUACAUUCCAGAAAAACCAUGGGAGUCAAAUUUCUUUAUGAUUUCAGAUACCUCUCUUCAUUCAUGUUGUUGCGCUUUGUUUUCUCAUGGAUUCAAAAGCGAGAAACCGCAAAAAAGUCAUCAUGCUGUUGAAAUUGAAAUAAAUUAA